CUGCUCUGAGGCUGAUCGUCUGGAUAAAGACCAAGAAGCUCCUGAGCUCUGACUGGUGUGCUGCCUGCAGUGGGUCACACAUUCUGCACCACGUUGCUGUUUUCACCGACACUCAUGGAGCUCCUGUAUUUCUGCCUCACCCUCCUUGUUGGGUCGUCCUUUGCUUUUCCCCCCACAGAUUACUCCCAGCAUGCUUUGCCUCAGAGACCUCAGGCCGCGCUGAGCUCCAAGCACCAACAAGAGGCUCCAGCUGAGGAGAAGGAGCAGGUGAACACUGUGAGAGUGACCUGCCACCCAGACUCUCUGCAGGUUGUGAUCAAAGCGGACAUGUUUGCAGUGGGAGCUCCUGUUAGUGGAGACGACCUGCGCCUCGGAGUGGAGCACAACGACUACUGCAGAGCUGCAGCGUCUUCAGGAGACGAGUUCACCAUCCUGGUUGGACUUGUGGACUGCGGCACCAAACACUGGAUGACUGAGGACUCUCUGGUCUACACAAACCUCCUCAUUUACUCUCCUGCCGCCUCUCCAGACGGGGUGGUUCGUAUGGACGAGGCUGUUAUUCCAAUUGAGUGUCAUUAUGAAAGGAAGUACAGUUUGUCCAGUUCUUCGCUCACACCGACCUGGAUCCCCUUCAUGUCGACACAAGCUGCAGUGGAAACUUUGCAGUUUGACUUGAAAGUUAUGACUGAUGAUUGGCUAUAUGAAAGAAACUCCAACGCGUUUUUCCUCGGUGAUCCCAUCGCCAUCGAAGCCUCAGUCAGAGUCGGCCAUCACAUGGGGCUCCGAGUGUUUGUGAGCAGCUGUGUGGCAACACUUUACCCCGACAUAUACUCUGUUCCCAGAUACGUCUUUGUUGAAGAUGGGUGCUUGGUUGACUCCCAGCUUCCAGGUUCAAGGUCCCAGUUUUUACCCAGGACCCAGAAUGAUAAACUCCACUUGUCCAUUGAUGCCUUCAGGUUUCAUAACGAGGACAAAGGAGAGUUGUACAUCACAUGUCACAUGAAUGCUGUGCCAGUAAAUGAUGCAGAGGCACCAAAUAAGGCGUGCACUUCUCUAAAUGGAAGAUGGCGGUCAGCUGAUGGUAAUGACUACUUAUGUGGACAUUGUCAAAGCCAAAACGAAGUCGGCCAAAUCCAAAGUAAGGCCAGCAGCCCCAGCAAGUUUGGUCCUCGUGGGUUUGGGAAGCCAGAAGAACCUGAACCGUUGUGGAGGAGUGCACUGAAGGCCAAUACAGUGUGGGAACAGGAGGCGAGAGUGGGUCCCAUGAUGGUUUUGCCAGCCAUGAUGAAAAGUGGGCCUGUACCUGUGGAAGACCUUCCUCCUGUACUCAAUAAAAUCAGCAGACCUUCACUGUAUGGCAGCAAGUGGAGAAGUGGAAUAAACGAUAGAAGAGUUGGCCUGAAUCAGAAGGGACUGCUUCCUGAUCCUCCAUCUGCACCGGCCCAGGAGGAGGUUCAGACUCUUGAUUCUGAGCAAAAUAAAGACGACAAAAGCGAAACGGAUCCAAAGGAUGGAGAUGCUGAGGAAGUUGCAGCCCCUCUAGAGAAGGUUUCCAUUGAGUCCAGCUUGAAGUUCAAGUCGGCAGUGUUGGACAGUAACGUGACAUCAGAACUCGACCACGUCAGCCCGACUGCUGAGCUCACUCUGGAUGUGACCACGCUGUCGCCUGUAAAUGUAACAGACUCUGACCUUUCAGCUGAGAACGACCCAAAGAGAUAAUAAAUUAUUAAAACGUC